UCUCUCUUUUUCUCUCGUAGUAGUCCACAGUUUUGCACUCGCUUCAUAACCUCGUACUCGCUUUCUAACCUCUCUCGGCUUGGCGUGGGUAUCUCCGGUGGCGUUCCGCCUCGGCUAGAGAAGUAACUAAUCCUAGACUCACCAUGAUGAUCAAUCCCGUCCGAAACAUCCCCGCGAUGUCGCGUCCACCAUGAUAUAACCACUGUCACUUCCGUCCUCCUCUCAUCCCUCAUCCUCAUACCCGGCCCGUCCUCACCUACCACCAUCGCCAUGAACCUUCUCUUCCUUCAUGGCUACACGCAAUCCGGUCCGCUGUUCUCUGCGAAGACGAAAGCCGUCCAGAAGGCGCUAACGAAGUCGCUGGGCGCCGACACAACCCUUCACUUUCCUACAGCGCCGAUUAAGCUCUCCCCCGCCGACAUCCCCGGCGACGCGGUCGCCGACGAUGCAGCCGACCUCGAAGCGUACGCGUGGUGGCGACGCGCAACGCCCACAUCCGCGUACACUGGUCUUCCAGAGACCUUCCUCUUCAUCUCGUCGUACCUCGACACCCAUGGACCGUUUGACGGCGUUAUCGGGUUCUCCCAGGGCGCCGCCUUCGCGGCUAUUCUCGCAGCGAUCCUGGAGAAGGGGCGGAAGCGGCCGGAGGAGUUUACUACCUCGCACCCGCCGUUGAAGUUCGCGGUUUGCUACAGCGGCUUCAGAGCGCCCGACAUGUAUCGGGAGUGGUACGAACCAAGCAUCGAGACGAAGGUGUUACAUGUUAUUGGGAGUUUGGAUACGGUUGUUGAUGAGGAAAGGAGUCUCGAACUCAUGAAGGCGUGUGUGGAUGGGGAUAAGCGGACGGUGUACCAUCCUGGUGGACAUUAUUUACCAGCGCAGAAGCCAAUGGUUAAUGCGCUCGUCGGGUUCAUAUUGAGCAGUGUGAAGGAGGAAAAGAAGGAGGAGAUUGUUGAUGAUCUACUCGCAAUGUUUUGAGGGUUGUAGAAAGCGUUGUUUUUGAUUUCUAGAACGAUAGAGCUUAGAUCAUAGACGUAUCCCUUCGCCAGAAUCCAUUCACUCAACUGUCAUGAUUUCGCGAAUCGCGAGAUCCAAAAGAACGGACCAAAGCUUGCUUCCUUCUCACUGCCAAAAGGAACACGCGCAGUGUGACAUAGCCAGCUCUGACCCCGAUUUGAACGAGG